UUGAAAUCUCAUCAAACCCUACCGACCGUUGACGAGCAAAGUAGUGAAGGCUCUCCCUCUCCCUCUCUGAUUCUCUUUCCAUCGCUUCCUCGCUAUAGCUCGUGUUCAUUUUUCCCUUUCGUGUCGGAAUACUCAUCUUUCUUCUCCAAUAUCUCCGUUUCCGAUCCCAUGGACGAAUUAACUAUGGAGACACUUACUGAAAAGUUUAAUCAAUUUGUGAUUGACUGCAAUUUGAAGUCAUGUAACCUCGACUCAGUUUCGGCCCGGAAUAUAGCAGAUACAGCUAAUAACACAGGCAAUAUUUCACCACAAGUGAAGGAGAAUUCUGUCUGCGUGGAUGAGAAUAGUCUGUCGAAUGGGACUAAUGAAAUUUCUCCAGAUCAUACACUUCCAAUUUUGAAGAAAAUACUUGAUUUAAGUUCCAAAAUUCAGGAGUUGAAGGACCAACAUGUAGUCCUAUCUGAUCAUGUGAAAUUCACGAUUGAUUCCUUUCCAGGCCUUGAAGUAGUAAAGUCUGUUCAGAGUCUUGGUGCUGAAUACGAACUACUGAAAAUAAAGUACCUUGAGGAGUCCACGGAGCGGAGACGGCUUUACAAUGAAGUGAUUGAAAUGAAGGGAAACAUCCGAGUUUUCUGCAGAUGCAGACCUCUAAAUGAAAGUGAAACUGCAAAUGGACAUGCAUCUGUCGUCAAUUUUGAGUCAUCUUCUGACAACGAGCUUCAAGUCAUAUGCUCUGAUUCUUCUAAAAAGCAAUUUAGAUUUGACUGUGUCUUUCGACCUGAUGAUAACCAAGAGGCUGUUUUUGCGCACACAAAACCUAUUGUUACCUCAGUUUUGGAUGGGUUUAACGUUUGCAUUUUUGCCUACGGCCAAACUGGAACUGGUAAGACAUUUACUAUGGAAGGAACACCGGAACAUAGGGGAGUUAACUACAGGACACUGGACGACUUAUUUCGGAUAUCUGAAGAGAGACGUAGCAUAAUGAAAUAUGAAUUGGUUGUUAGUAUGCUGGAAGUUUACAAUGAGAAGAUAAGGGACCUCUUGGCAGAAAAUUCUGAUCAACCUACUAAGAAGUUGGAGAUUAAGCAAGCAGCGGAUGGAACCCAAGAAGUUCCAGGACUUGUUGAAGCUCGUGUUUAUAGAAUAGAGGACGUGUGGGAAAUGCUCAAGUCCGGAAAUAAAACCAGAUCUGUUGGGUCCACCAAUGCCAAUGAACUUAGCAGUCGUUCUCACUGCUUGUUACGAGUUACUGUUAUGGGGGAGAAUCUUAUCAAUGGCCAGAGAACAAGGAGUCACCUCUGGCUAGUAGACUUAGCAGGGAGCGAACGUGUGGGAAAAACUGAAGCUGGGGGAGAUAGAUUGAAGGAAUCUCAAUUCAUAAAUAAGUCUCUAUCAGCACUCGGUGACGUUAUUUCUGCACUUGCAUCCAAAUCAGCCCACAUCCCUUACAGGAACUCAAAACUCACUCAUAUACUGCAGAGCUCGCUAGGAGGAGAUUGCAAAACUCUGAUGUUUGUCCAGAUAAGUCCAAGUGCAGCAGACCUAGGAGAAACGCUUUGUUCACUGAAUUUUGCCACUCGUGUCCGAGGAAUAGAAAGUGGCCCAGCUCGCAAGCAAGUAGACCUAACUGAGCUGUUUAAGUACAAGCAGAUGGCAGAAAAGCUUAAGCACGAUGAGAAGGAAACAAAGAAAUUACAGGAUAGCCUGCAUGCCUUACAACUAAGGCUUGCUGCCAGAGACCAUAUGUGCAGGAAUCUUCAGGAAAAGGUUCGGGACCUUGAGAACCAGAUAGUAGAAGAGAGAAAAACCAGAUUGAAGCAAGAAAGUAGAGCGAUUGCAAUUUCGGCUCAACCCUCAAAACUCGCAUCGCUGAAAGAAGCGCCACCUCGGAAAGCUAUAGCAGAGAAAAAGCCGCCACUGAAUCCUUCGAAGUUGAGGAUGCCACUGCGGAGGAUUACAACGAACAUAAUGCCUCAACCAUCUCCUAUGCCCUCAAAGAAGAAUGGAAAGGAAAACACUGGCAGAAAGAGCGUAAUGACGAGAAACGCACAAGACCUUGUGAAACCAAGGAGGGCGUCCAUUGCUGUGAGACCAGGCGCGGCGCCGCCGUUAACAAGCCAAGUUUUCCAGCCCAGGAGGCGGGUCUCAAUCGCUACAUUCCGACCGGACACUAGUUCUGGCUUGACAACUCCACUUCGUAGCUCUGCCUCUGGAUUCACUAGUGGUCAGCAAUCAUCGAUAACAAGCCAAAGGAAAGCUCGGUAUUCAAGGCUGUUCGCCCCAUUGCCAGAGAUGAGAGCACCGGUUGAGACUACCCCCAGUUUCAUGAGGGGCAGUAGCAAGUUCAUGGGCAGCCCAGUAGGGGCGGUUAGGAAUCCGGCCGUGGUUGCACUGCAACGAAAAUCCUUUGUGUGGAGUCCUCUGAAGCUAAGAGGCUUCAAAAAUAGCAGAAAGUCGUCACUGUUGCCAUCUCGGCCUUCCUCCGAAAUGCAAUGAGACUAUGAGAUUGAGGUGGGUUCCAUUGUCAAAUAUAUACAUAAACCUUGCAGCCAUCUCGGCCUAGUAUCUACAAGCUUUGUCUUCAUUCCUCUUCUGAAAACGGGGCCAAGUGGUGUGUCUUCGAAACAAAUAAGUUUAAAUUUCUUGGACGUGAAAAGGAUUGAUUUCUCUUGUAACAGUGUGAUUACUCAGCUGCUUGAAUGGGCGUGGCCUACAAAGUGAAUUGAGUAUAUAGCCUCAUUUUGUUAAAAAAUACCAUCAAGGCAAAUUCUUACAAA